UCCUGAGCCAGGGCUGAAUUCCUGAGCUGUGGAAGUGGCCACAUUUUGUUUGGUAUUUGGUGCUGCUUGCACUUUACACCAGGGGCAGUUACAGCAGCUGGCGCUGCACACUCAGCCUUGCAAAACUGCUGCUCUGGAUUUCAGUGCUCCUUGAGAUAAACCAAGCUGUGCCAGGGAGCUUUAGGGUGGAUUUUGGGAAAGGUUCUUCCCCCAGAGGGUGCUGGGCACUGCUCAGGGCUCCCCAGGGAUGGGCACAGCCCUGAGGCUGCCAGAGCUCCAGGAGGGUUGGAAAACCCUCCCAGGGAUGCCCAGGGUGGGAUUUUGGGGCUGUGCAGAGCCAGGGGCUGGGGUGUGAUGGUCCCUGUGGGUCCCUUCCCUUUGAUUCUGUGAUUCUGUCCCAGGUUCUGUUCCUUGCUCAGGUCAUGGCCAGAACAAGCCAGAAAAACCUGUGAGCAGCUGUGAGGGCAGUUCUGGGCAGUUCCUGUGACAUUGUGUCUGCAGAGGUGUCCUUGAGUUAUGGAAAAGGCUCUCGUGGCUCAGCUUUUACCUGAGGAUGCCUUUUACCUCAGGGGACCUCUGUGCACAGGCUGCAGCUCCUGUGCUGGUGCCAGCAGAGUAGAAGGAGCACUGGGGUAUGGCAAGGCCUGCAGCAGCUUCCUCCUGAAAAGCAGAGAACAGCCCUUGCCUCCAGCCAAACCAGUCUGGUUCCCAGCUGAGGGAACCAGGCUCAGCCCGCAGCACAUUUAUUUAUUUAUUUAGUUAUUUAUUUAUUUACCUGGGCAGCUUUAGGCUCUGCCUUACCUGGGAUUAACUCAUCCCUGCCAUCCACUCUCCUGUGGGACCCCCAGCCCCAUCUCCUGCCUCUGGGGCUGCUUGGGAAGGGUGUCCCAGGGCUCCAGCCUGCUCUGAGCCCUCCCACACAAACCUGUGAGAGCUUUGGUACAGCCUCUGCAGCACCUCCUCAUGGAGAGGCUCCGUCACCCCUUGUCCCAAAGCUGCCACCACACCCUGUGACAGCAGGGACACUUUUGGCCUCUCAGUAUUUGUGUAAUCCUUGUCCUGCUGGGGCCCCUGAACAUUAAACUGCCCUGCCAGGGAGCAGAGGCUGUUUCCUGGCAUGAGUUAUCUCCUGCAGAAAUGUAAAUAAUCCCUUUCCAAGAAACAACUGCAGAGGCUCUCUUCAGCUUUUGUGUCCUUGGGUGCUUCUGUUGUGUUUUGCCUUCUCAGCAGUGGCACCACUUCUGGGCUUGUCUCCUUUUCCUUGUUUUCCCCUUAAAAAAGAUGAUGUUUUGCAGUAAAUACAUUUCAAGUGAAGCUGAACCAGCAGCCAUCCAAAAAUGCUGCCAGACCCCCCACGUGAAGGUAAGGAAAAGCAUCUCUCUUCACCUGGCACCUUUACCUGCCUCACUUCCCUUUUCUGAAAUAAAAAUUGUGAUCUGAGUUGUGGGGAGCAGUGAGUGCAGCCAUGGCUAAGCCAGGCUGGCCAUGACCUGAGAGGCUUCCAGAAGCCAAAUAAUUACAAAUAUCUUUACAAACCUUGAAGCAAACCAAGCCCCUUUGUGCAGUGCAGUUAAAUCUGUUCCCAGGAAAACUGGAGAUGUAAAACAGAAGGGAUGCAUUGACACAGCAGCACAAACCUCAAUUUGCUGCAUUUGCCUGUUGAAGAUGCCUGGAUAACCAUCACAGACACAGGAAAUUCCAUGGGUUUUGCUCACUUGAGUCUAGAAAACAGCAACUGCCCCUCCUGCAUUUCCUGUGCCUGGAGCUUGUUGGCACUGCUCUGUUUCUCACCUGCCUGCAGUGUGCUAUAGAUGGAUGUUUAAUUGCUCACACACCAUGCCAGCAAUAAAAACUUUGGAUUUCAUGCUCUGGGAAGCAGAGGGGGCUGUGUCAGUGCAGGCAGGGUCCUGUCCCCACCUGCAUUGCCCAAAACCAUCCGUGCACCCCAGCCAUGCCCAGGAUGGAGCUGAGCAUGGGCUCAGUUUAUAGUGGCAAUAGAGAGCAAGCCCUGAAGAUGCUUUUGGAAACAAACUGUUUCAGCUGUGCUGGCCUUGCACGGUGAGGGCAGCACAGCCUUGGGUGCCUCAAGGUCACCUGGAGUUCCCUGGUGGGUUUCCUUUUUUUUUUGUGAUGCUUUUCCCACAGUAAACGUGAAACUUCUGUAUUUUCUGCCCUUGCCUCACAUCAUGCAGAGAAAGGAAUUCCAGAGAUGUGCAUGGUGUCACCAAGGGUGUCCUCACAGCCCCUCUGCUGGGAUGGAUGGCAUGGAGUGGCCUCUCCUCAGUGCCCACAGCUGGAAUUUCCAGCACAGAGAACCAGCAGGGAUGAGGAGCUUGAGAACUGCAAAAAGUGUGGAAUAUCUUAAAGUAAAGUGUGGGUUGUAUUUAAAUAGAUAUUUAUUAUUGGAGUGUGCAAAAGCAACUGGGAAUUUGAACACAAGAAAGGGGAGAGAAAAAAGUUCUAGGGGAGGAUGGCAGGGAAGGCUGAGAGGCAGAAAUCUUGGGGAGGGGGAAGAGCAGGGCUCUGUCAGGGCUUCCCAAGAUUUAUCAGGGCAUAAAGGAAAUCUCAACAGAUAAAAGAGCUCCAGAGUAUAGAAAUGAAGAUGGAAUUGGGAAGGAAAAGCAGCAGCAGGCAGCAGACUGAAGGUGACCUAAAUCCUGUCACACUUUGAAAAAGUGCUUCACCCCAUUUUUGUGGUGCUCAGGGCAGAGAUCCAGAGCUGGAACUUCCUAAAUGAGAUCAAACCCAAAGAUGGAUUGUGCUCAGCUGUGUUUCAUCCCAAGGAACAAUCAGACUUUAAAGUCCGGCCUGGCCAGCUCUUCAAUGGCUGACUCAUCACUUCUUCAGUGAAUUUCAAGAUGAAGGAUUUGUGGAGAAAAUAGAAAUUUGGGUCAUUUUCUGGGGAAGAGGAUGGAAAAAGAAAAUGAGUGAGUAGAGACCACAUCACCCAGGCCAAGGCAGAAAGUGAGCUCUCUGCUUGGUGGCUGCAGCGUUUCCAGCUCCCGCACAGAGAUAAAAGAGACAUGGCUUGGCUCAGGAGCUCAGACCCCAAGGGAAGUGGCACCUGGGCCAGCUUCUCCUCUGCCCAGAGGUGCUGCCAGGUGGAGACAGCUCCGUGCCCAGGGGAGAAGCUCCAGGUGCCGAGGAAACACCAAGUUUGCAGCCAGAGCUCCCCUGUGCCCAUGGAGGACACGUCCAGCCAGGAGCCAGCACCCAGCAAAGCCACCCUGGGCUCCCUCGGGCCGCACGAGGCUCCCACCACCUUCAUCAGCCUGGAGGAGCAGGAGCCCCCAGCUCCCAGCAGCAGGGAGCUGAUCCUGGAGAAGGCCAGAGCUGCCUGCAGGUGCAGCCCCGGGGGCCUGGGCAGGUCCCUGCUCCGGCUGCUGCCGGUGCUGGAGUGGCUGCCCCGGUACAGCCCCCGCACCCAGCUGCUCGGGGACGUGGUCUCGGGGCUCCUGGUGGGCGUGGUGGCCAUCCCUCAGUCCAUCUCCUACUCCCUGCUGGCCAACCAGGAUCCCAUCUACGGCAUCUACACCAACUUCUUCUGCAACAUCAUCUACGCGGCCAUGGCCACGUCGCGCCACGCCAGCGUGGGCUCCUUCGGGGUGCUGUGCCUCAUGGUGGGACAGUCGGUGACGCGCCACCUGCAGCUGGCAGGCUAUGGGGACAGCAGUGCCACCCUCGGGGGCAACUCCAGCUCCCCCAGGAACGGGACAGAGCUCUGUGACCGCAGCUGCUACGCCAUCACCGUGGCCCUUUCCUUGAGCUUCCUGGUGGGCCUUUACCAGAUCCUGCUGGGGGUUUUACAGAUGGGCUUUGUGGCUGUCUACCUGUCAGAGCCUCUGCUGGGUGGCUUCGUGACAGGCUCCAGCCUCACCAUCAUCACCUCCCAGAUGAAAUACCUGCUGGGCCUGAAGAUCCCCCGGCACGAGGGGGUGGGCUCCUUCGUCCUCACCUGGGUGGACCUUUUCAGGCACAUCCACAACACCAACAUCUGUGACCUGCUGACCAGCCUGGCGGCCUUGGCCAUCAUAGUGCCCGUCAAGGAGCUCAACGAGCGCUACAAGGAGAGGCUGAAGGCCCCGUUCCCCAUCGAGCUGCUGGUGGUCAUCGCUGCCACCCUCAUCUCUCACUACUUCGACUUCGAGCGGCGCUACAAGGCUGCCGUGUGUGGGGACAUCCCCACGGGCUUCAGGAAGCCCACUGUCCCCGACAUCAGCCUGUUUCCCAGCCUGGCACUGGAUGCCCUGCCCAUCGCUGUCAUCGGCUUUGCCAUGACCGUGUCCCUGGCGGAAAUCUUUGGCAAAAAGCACGGCUAUGCUGUCAGCGCCAACCAGGAGAUGAUCGCCAUCGGCAUGUGCAACCUCAUCCCCUCCUUCUUCUACUGCUUUGCCAGCUCUGCCGCCCUCACCAAGACUCUGCUGAAGGAGUCCACGGGUAGCCAGACCCAGGUGUCCGGGCUGGUCACCUCCCUGGUGCUGCUGCUGGUGCUGCUGUGGAUCUCCCCGCUCUUCUACUCGCUGCAGAUCUCCAUCCUUGGCGUGGUCACCAUCGUCAACCUGCGGGGCGGCCUCAGGAGGUUCCGUGACACCCCCAGCAUGUGGCAGCUCAGCAAGCUGGACACAGUGGUGUGGUGGACCACCAUGCUGUGCUCCACGCUGGUCACCACGGAGAUCGGGCUCCUGGUGGGCGUUUGCUUCGCCCUGCUCUGCAUCAUCUUCCGCACGCAGCGGCCGCGGGCCACGCUGCUGGGCAAGGUCGGCGACAGGGAGGUCUACGAGGACCAGGCUGCCUACAAACGGCUCAGCAGCAUCGCCCACGUCAAAAUCUUCCGCUUCGAGUGCUCCCUCUACUACGCCAACAAGGAUUACUUCAAGGCUGUGCUCUACCAGAAAACCGGGCUCAACCCCGUGCUGCUGGCUGCCAGCCUGGCGGCCCGGGCACGGCCAGAGCCAGGCAGGGGCUGCUGGAGCCCCGGGUGUGGCUGCCUGAAGCAAGGCAGGAGCAGGGCAGAGAGCCCUCCAGGAGAUGCCUGUCCCCCCUCCACAGACAUGCACACCCUGAUCCUGGACUGCGGGGCCAUGCAGUUCAUAGACACCGUGGGGCUCUCUGCGCUCAAGGAGACGCACCACGACUACAAGGAGGUCGGGGUCCAGGUGCUCCUGGCCAACUGCAACCCCUCCAUCCGCCAGCGGCUGCGGGAGGGAGGCUGGGCCGGCCAGGCUGGCGGCGCUGGGGGCCAGCUGGCCUUCCACAGCAUCCACGAUGCCGUGCAGUUCGCUGAGCGCUGGCACCGGGGGGAUAGCAAGGACAAGCAGGCUGCUCUCCCGGAGCCCGAGGAACAGAACUUCCAGGUGUCUCUGUAGCCCUGGGGGCGAGGAGAGGUUUCUUUAAGGGAGCAGGUUCGGUGUUUGGGCUGUCAGAGCGAGCAGGAGGGGCUGGGAUGCUCUGCCAGAGGGACAGAAGGGUGGGAAGGGUUUGGGGAGGGCUGAGCCCGGAGGAUGCUCAGGAUGGGGCAGAGGUGGGAAGGGUUUGGGGAGGGCUGAGCCCGGAGGAUGCUCAGGAUGGGGCAGAGGUGGGAAGGGUUUGGGGAGGGCUGAGCCCGGAGGAUGCUCAGGAUGGGGCAGAGGUGGGAAGGGUUUGGGGAGGCCUG